UCCAUUGUCAAUGCAAAAUACACGUCCACAACUUUUCGACAUUAUUUUAGUUGAACAUAGGCGUCAACACAAAGUCGGCUGAAAGUGCUGUUAGUAUAUGCGAGUAUUUGUUGUGUUCGGUACUUUACAGACGUCUGCUUGUAUUUGCUGGAGUCAGUAAAUAAAUUUCAACACAAUGAUAACCUACGAACGUUAUUUAUACUUUUACGGACCUCUAUGUACUUAAUAUUAUUUACUAAUUUCACGUGGAUAUAGUACUUUUCAUUAAGAUAUUCCAGAAAGACAUAAGUUCGCGUACAUGUACUCAACGUUUGAUAUUGUUCAUUUCUUUUGUUCAAUAUUUUAUUCAAUGUAUUACUAUUGCAAAGCAGUCUUCUCUUAAAAGCUCGCUGUGCGUUUGGACAUAAAACAAUCACAUGACUAGUAGCCGAGCACUAUUAUGGAUGAGUUACACAACCUCUUCUUUUAUGCCAACGUGUGCCAUGUGUGUAAAGCCUUUAGCAAGGAAUUACCCUUAAAAAGAUGUGGAAGUUGCCAAAUAAUAUCAUACUGCGGUAAAGAACAUCAGAAACAACAUUGGCCACAGCACAAAUAUCUAUGUAAAAUUCUCUCAGACCUACGACAAGAAACUGGCUCAAGUCUAUUUCCAAAACCUCAAGAUUCUAGUAACAAGAGUUGGCCUCAAGUCAAAACAAAUUUGAUGCUUAUUGUAGCAUUAAAGUCAUCACGUCGUUUGGAGUUGUAUGAGGAACAGAUGUUUAAAUUCCCAAGAGCAUGUGUAGUAUGUCAUGAGAGUGAAUCAAAGACCUUGCAAGAUUGUCAAAAUUGCCCUGGUGCAAGUUUUUGUCCUUUACAUAAGUCAGAUUCAGUGCAUGAAAAACAGUGUGCUUCCCUUAAGCUGUGCUUUGAUCUUGAUGUAACAGCUACAUUGUUCGAACGUCAAGUGCCAAGACAUGUAGUUCCUUUCCAUACGGACAGAGCAUAUUUACCAAGUACAAUAAGAGACUUUAUAGAUCUUUAUGUGAAUGAAAACAAGACAUUGCCCAUGUCUUUUGACUGCCGUAUCGCUUAUACAUCUGAAUAUUUAACCAGACCACUGACCCUGCUCUAUGCUAUACAGAGAUUAGACUAUUCUCCAGGCAUCAAUAUGACGAUCCAUGUAAUUGGGGCGAAUGUAAUCGAAUUAGACGGUUUGGAAGUUUGGGAAAUUUUGCUGCAUUGGCUACCGGCUCUAACUGUGUUGAGAAUCAUAUUAAUUGGCCCGGAACUUACGCGGAGCACUCUAAUACCCAACGUUUGUGAUUGUUGCGCAGUUGAGGACAUGCGCGUCCAUGUGGAUGUAUGUAACAUGCUCUAUCAGGAUUAUGUGAACAGUCACGGGUUCGAGAAUCCAGAUUUCAUUAUUGGAUACAAUGUCGGACUUCACGAAUGCGAAGAUUUUUCAUCGGAAAAUGAUACUUGGUCUCCAUGUGUGAGAUCAUUAGGUACACAAAAUUGCCCAGUUAUAUUAACUUCGUACACGUUGGAAGAAGCAAAGAAAGAUCACGAGAGGAUCUGCGCGGUUCUAGGAGAUACAGUAGCUCUUGUAUUAUGUGAACACAACCCAUUUGCCAGUCUCAGACCUCAUCGAGAUUUUGAGGUUGAAGAUGUAUAUUAUCAAAAUCAAAUUAUUACUAUUUAUCGAGAAUUAAGUGUUGUAACUCUUUGCAUAGUCUGAAAUUAACGUAAUUAAUGCGCUGUUCAGCUAUUGUUAUGUUAAUGACUUUUCAAUUCAAUAUUUAUUGGAUGUGUCACUAAGUCGGAUGCAAUGAUAUACAUAUGCCCAUUCUACUAUUUUCUUCUUUUUUUUUUCGAGAAGUAACCAUCAUCAUCAGUAGAUAGAUUUCUACCUUAGAUUUAAUCGCAAAAUUGUAGAACUCCAGCUGUGAGGUGCAACCUUGUUAUUUAAUUUCCUUACGGUACAUUUAAAGAUCUUUCCCUGCUGUUUACUGGGAUGCUAUCCUUAUCAAUCCCAACAUACGAAUGAUAUAUACUGUUCGCACCCUAUCCUCAUUUACUGCCGUGUAUCGUAGAUUUUGUAUCGUUGUGUAAGACGAUCAGUUGUCAAAUUUAAUACUGAAUCAUUAGAUUUAUGUGAGCGAUGCAUUUCACAUUUUACAAGAGAUAAGCGAGAACACUGGGACCGCGAAUAGUUUCUUAGUUUCCUUAUUGACGCACAGAGUUUUUUUUAACGACCCUUCUACCAAGUAAGGAGUGUGAAAAAAUACAGAAACAAGAUUGAAGAGGCUUUGCGAAAGAUCUUUCGUGAUUAGAGACGCAAUGAUGUUAUUUUAUUAUUGUUACAAAAUCUCGGCCCUAUAAGCAAUCAGCUCAAGAAAGUCUCUUGAAUUGAAGACAAGAGGACGAACUUCGUUCACCCGAAAAUUCGAUUCCUACUUAAUUCUACACCAGUGUUUUUUGUUCUGCGAAUUGCGUAUGAUGGGGCUAUAUGAUAAUUUAUCCCGUCGUUGUGUAAAAACAUACUAUCAUUUAACAAAUAUCAAAAGCAAUGCCGGAUCAAAGAUAUUUAUGAAAUUUUGCCUUGUACACGAGCUGCAUCAGCAUAGCCGACCUUCUGAACGAAAGAGAAAGAAAGCGUACUAACCGUGUAGUAUUGUCAGUGCCUUACGAAUUUACGAAGAAUUCUAGGAAAAAUCCUAAACAUAUUGUCGUGAUAUACCCAUGCAUUGCGGAAAGAUGAACGCAUUAUACAAAUUACAAAUUUAAUAUUUGUUAUUCCAAAGAGCGCUUCGACUCGUCGAUACUUGCAGUAAUUUGGGUAAAGAUAUGUGCAAAAAACAAUGUACAUUUACGAACAAUAAAUGAUUUGGAUACGGC